GAUUGCGUUCCCGUUCAAGAAUCUAUUCUGCUUAGGCCUUUACACUUUGCUGCUUAUUUAUAAGCGUUUAAUUGUCUUUUUUAAAGUCUACUACUAAAAUAUUCAAGUUUAAUUAUAACGAGUGUAGAAAAUAAUCGAUAAGAAAAAGAAAGUAGUGAGUGAAGUGAGCGCGUUACGCACGUGGAAUUCAUAUAACAUAACCUAUAAAAAAAAAAAACAUUCACUUUUAAAUCACGUAAAUUUUGUUCUGAUGUUUUAUUUAUAGUAUUUAUUAAUUUAUAUUCGAUUUAUAUAUAUAUAUUUAAAAUAUGUCGCUGUUACUAUUUCGUUUAAAUGGAAUACCAAUGAAAUUUCAUUUGGUCGAUUUGUCUAAAGAAUUGAAUAUUCGAUAUACAUCAUUAAUUGAGAAAAAUGGAGGAGAAAUUAGUGUGGAACCUAAUGAGAAAAUUCGUACCUUUACGUUACCUAUUUUUUGCCAUAAAUAUUCAUUCAUCUUUAAUAUUGAAUACAUCGAUGAUUGUUUGAAAAAUAACAAAAUUUUAAAUAUUGAUGACUAUUACAUUGGCGAUACUAAUGUUUUCGCAGCAUGUACUGCAAUAAUUAUGGGAAGAAAAAUUUGCACAUGUCGUAAAUGUGGAAAUCAACAUAUAAAAAUUGUAAAACAAGGGAAUAAUUUAAAUGAGGCUCCCAAGAAAUUAGUGGAAGUUGAGAAAAUUGUUUUCAACUCUAAAAAUGCGAUUAACAAUGAAAUACAAGUUUCUAGCGUAGAAGAAAACAUAAGUCGAUUUUCUGAUGACGAGGAGGUUUCUAGUGUAAAAAAAUCGGAAAUUAUAAUUUCUGAUGACAAUGAGGAGGAAAAUAGUUUUGAAUAUAAAAUAGAAUCGCCAACUAUGAUUAUGGAAACAGAAUCGGAAUCAGAAUCAGAAUUCGAGUUUGAUGUCAAUGAAAGCGAAUUAGAAUGUAAUAUUUCUGAUUAUUCAAAUUCAGAUGAUCCUGAUUAUAAUGUAAAACGUUUGCCAAAGAAACGAAAAACUUUACGUCCUAAAGUGGAUAAUUUAAAGCGAACAAGAUAUAAUCGAUUGCCAAUAACAAAUAUUGUUGAUAUAAAUUUACAAGAUACUGAAAAUGAACCUUCUACGUCAAAAAUUGACAAUGACUCCGAGGAUGAAUCAGAUGAUUCAUCUGAACCAACAGUAGAUUUAAAAGAAUGGGCCAAAAAACAUGUUGAAAAUGUUGAGAAAGAUAAAUUUGGAUAUCCAAAAAAGACUCAUAUUGGAUUCAGUGAAGAGGAAGAUUUAUUAUUAAUUGAUUUAAUCGUUAAAACUAAAUCAAUAUAUCGUACCAAGGGUUCAUUAAUUUGGAUUUAUAUUAAGAAUUUAAAGAUUUUUCCAGAAGAUAUAACUGAUGAAAUAUUCAAAGAUCAUUUUAGAGCUAAAAUUUUACCUAACAUUGAGAAAUAUAAUUUAAAUAAAAAAAUUGAAGAAAAAUUUAUCGACUACAGAACUUUUGGAAAAAUCGCUCGUAAAUAUCCAAUGAAUGAUUUGAAAAAAUGGGCAUAUGAAAAGACGAAAAAUUUGAAAAAAGAUGAAAAUGGAUUUCCAGAAGGCGAAAGUUUAUCAUUUGAAAAGUGGGAGAAAAGAAUGAUUAUCGAUUUUUUGAUUAGAAUAAAUCCAGCUUCUAAUUUUAGUAUUUUGUUGUGGGACAUAGCUUGUAUGCUUCGUCUCUUUCCAGUUCAUCGAACAAAAGAAUCUAUUCAAAAUGAAUUGAAAUUUAAUAUUUUGCCGAAAAUUGAAUCAUUUGAUUUAGCUGCGGGAGCGGAGGCUAUAUUUCUACGAUUAAAAAAGACAGCAAGAUUUAAUUUGUCGAUAUCGAGUGAUCUUAGAAACUGGGCCGAGGAACAAACAAAAGAUAUGGAAAAAGAUCAUCUUGGUUAUCCACUAGCACACAAUAAAUUUAUACAAAAAUGGGAAAAGGAGAUGAUGUUGAAAUAUUUAUUAAAAAUCGAUAAUAUCCCACAGGCUUGUAUGCCGACAACGUGGUCUCGUGCUGUUAAUUUAAAACUAUUUCCAUUAAUAAGAAGAGAAGAUGGUUUGAGAAGUAUUAUGAGAACAGAAAUUCUUCCUGAUAUUGAAAAAUUCAAUAUGCCAAUGGAAAAGAAAGAAGAAUUUAUUAAAUUAAGAAAAAGUAUACGUACAUUUUGGAUUCCUACGGAAAAUAUGAAAAUAUGGGCGGAAAAUAUUUCAAAAGAUAGAAAAAAGGACAAAUAUGGAUAUCCAAUAUCGAGGUCUAGAAAAAUUGAAAAAUGGGAACAAUAUCUUAUUAUUGAUUUUCUUGUAAAAUUUAAUUUAAUUCAUAAAUGCAAACAAAAAUUAGUCUGGAAGUUGGCGUACAAUUUAAAAAUUUUUCCAAAAGAAAGAACAGUUUAUAAUUUAUCGUUUGAAGUACGUAACAUUAUGUUGCCAAUUAUUGAAACUUUUGAUAUUCCCAAUGAAGUAAAAGUUGAAUUUUUAAAAGUGCGAAAUCCUAAAGGAACUGUUGAAGGAUUUUUAGAACCCACGGAACAUUUAAAAAAAUGGGCAAAAAAUGUAACUAAAAACUUGGAUAAGGACUCUGAUGGAUAUCCAAUUCAACAAUCAAUGAGGUCCAUGUCAAAUAUUGAAAAAAAAAUUUGUGUUGACUUUCUCGUGGAAUCAGAGAGAAUCCAUUUGAGCUUGUCUCAUACAACGUGGGAGCUUGCAUUUGUUUUAAAAUUACUUCCUAAAUGCCGAUCAACUAGAAAUAUGCGCACGAUAUUUAAAAGAUGUAUUUUACCUUCUAUCAAGCAAUAUAAUUUACCGCGACAUAUUGAAGAAGAAUUUUUAAAACUUACAAAAAAUAAGAAAAGUAGAAAAAAAAAAUCUCGUCCAUAAUACAGGUACUGAUCAACAAAUUUGAAUGAAUAUAAUUCAAAUAUAUUUAUUAAAAGAAAUGUUUUUCAAAAUCGUGAGUAAAAUAUAAUUUAUCGUAAUGUAUUAAUAAAAAUUUUGUAAUACUGAAAAAAAAGAGGAAAAAAAAUUUAUUUUCAAAAAAAAAAAAAAAAAAGGCAAAAUUCUAUGUGAAAUCACGUUGAAUAUUUAUGUUUGUAAAAAUAAUUUUUUUGUAUUAAUUAAAAAGAAGAUUUUUUUAUUUUCUUAAA